GGUGGCUCCUGGAGUCCUGGGCCGCGCGGCCUUGGUGCAACCUGGCGCCGCCGACUAGACAGUCCCCUGGCACUUUGCUUCAGAGUCUGAGCUGGAGUCUGGCACCCCCGAGCCGGCAGCUGGCAGUCGGGAGGCCCCUCCUAUCCUGUCGCUGUGAAAAGGCUUCAUUCUGGUCCCCAGCCUGUCAUGGAAAUCCGCGUUGAACCUGCGCCUCCACAGACAAAGCAGCGCUAGCGGGUUGGUGACGCGGAGUCCGGGCUGUGCUGCGAAGGGACGUGGGUGGAGCCCGUGACCUUUGAGGAUGUGGCUGUGAACUUUACCUCAGGAGAGUGGACUUUAUUGGAUUCUAGUCAAAGAAAGCUCUACAGAGAUGUGAUGAAGGAAAACUUUCUGAACCUGAUCUCCAUAGAGAAAACACAAGAAGAUGUUGAAGAGGACUACCAGAAUCUCAGGAGAAAUCUGGGAAGUCAGGUGGUUGAGAAAGAUGGUGAAUAUGAACAUGAUAGUCACUGUGAAAAAACCCAGCAAGAGAUUCCAGAACAUAUUGUUAAUGGGGACAUUUCUCCUGUUAUAACAUCAUAUGAAAACAGUUUGUGUGUAAGAAACAUCAUUGAUAAUUUACCCUCAGAUGUGCACCUCAGUGAUCAAACUAAAGAGAAACCAUUUGAGUAUAAGGAACCUGUGGAGAAGGCUUUUAAACAUGAGAAAUCUUGGGAAGAUAUGGGUCAUUCUGAGUCAUUUCAAGUACAUGAAAGUUCCAGAGAGAAAUCCUGUGAAAAUCAACAAUGUAAUACAGCUUGUGGGAAUCUCCAUUGUGAUCAGGAUCAGGAGAGAACUUGUACUGGAAAUAAGCACAAUGAGAAUGCCUUUACAAACUACGAACAUGGCCAGAUAGACGAAAGAAUCCAUACUGAAGUAAAACCAUUUGUGUGUAAGCAAUGUGGAGAAGCCUUUGUUAAUUCCAGUCACCUUAUCAGUCAUGAACGAAUUCAUAUUGUAGAGAAGUGUUAUAUUUGCAAGCAAUGUGGAAAAACAUUUAGAUAUUUGUCAUGCUUUCAAAAACAUGAAAGAAUUCACAGUGGAGAGAGGCCUUAUGCCUGUGAGCAAUGUGGGAAAGGAUUUAUUCAGUUGAAAUACCUUCUCAUGCACCAAAGAAUGCACACUGGAGAGAAUUAUUAUGAAUGUAAACAUUGUGAAGAAAUCUUCACUAUUUCCAGUGCUGAUAAUGUUCAUGAAAAAAUUCACUGUGGAGAGAAGCCGUAUUCAUGUAAGCAUUGCGGAAAAGCGUUCACUAGUCCCAAUGACUAUAAUAGCUGUGAAAGGAUUCACACUGGUGAGAAUCCCUUUGUAUGUAAAAAAUGUGGGAAAGCAUUCAAACGUUUGGGUCAUUUUAUGAACCAUGAAAGAAUUCAUACUGGAGAGAAGCCUUAUGCAUGUAAACAUUGUGGAAAAGCCUUUACCAGUUCCAGUGACCGUAACAGUCAUGAAAGAAUACACACUGGAGAGAAACCCUUUGUAUGUAAAACAUGUGGGAAAGCAUUCAGUCGUUCUGAUUAUCUUAUCAAUCAUAGAAGGAUACACACUGGAGAGAAGCCUUAUGCAUGUAAGUAUUGUGGAAAAGCCUUUGCUACUUCUAGCGACAGAAACAGCCAUGAAAGAAUUCAUACUGGUGAGAGAUCCUUUCUAUGUAAAAAAUGUGGGAAAGUAUUCAUUCUUUCUGGUGAUCUAAUCAAGCAUGAAAGAAUUCACACUGGAGAGAAGCCUUAUGCAUGCAAACAUUGUGGAAAAGCCUUCACCACUUCAAGUGCCCGUAACAGUCACGAGAGAAUUCACACUGGAGAGAAGCCUUAUACAUGUAAGCAUUGCACAAAAACUUUCACCACUUCCAGUACCCGUAACAGUCAUGAGAAAACUCACACUGCAGAGAAGCAUUUUGCAUGUAACCUUUGUGAGAAAACCUUUAAUAGUCAGAGUUCCUAUUAUACUCAUAAAAAAAUUCAUUCUAUGAAAGAGAAACUGUAUGUAUGUAAACACUGUGGGAAAGAAUUCACUUAUUGUGGUAAUUUCCUCAAGCAUGAAAGAAUUCACACUAUAGAAAACUUGUCCAUGUGAGCAAUCUGUGAAAGCAUCUGUGUCCCACAUACCAUCACACACCCAUAUAAGGUCCCAUAGUGAAGAACUUGCUCAACUAUAAACAGUGUGGCCCUCUGUGAUCAACUUGCUUUUAUUGUGAGGUAUGAAAAAAGAGUUUGGGUGACCAUGAAAUGGCUCAGUUAGUAAAGGUUCUUUUGGGUAGCCUGAUGAUCUCAGUUUUAACUAUGAAAGUCACAUGGUGGAAAUAGAGACCCAAUUUCCAGAAGUUGUCUUCUGAGUUCCACAUGCACACCAUUGAAUGUAUAUGUGCGCGCAUACAAAUGAAGUGAAUAAAUAUAGUGCUAAAGCAAGAAAAAAAUGAAAAUUUUGAAGUGGAAAAGAACACUUAGAUAGCCCCAAUAUACAAGUAUAUUCAGUAUGAAAUCCUCUUCUGCUACAUGUUUUAAUGCCUGUCUGUUUAUUACAGCUAGGGUAGGAGGCUAGCAAAAUCGAAUAUCCAAUACAGAACAUUUAAAUACCACUUGAGACUUUUAAGGUGAACUUGUUCCAACCAAAUGAAAAUUUUAAUGAAAAAAAAAAAAGCUGUGUGAUUUUCAGUUGAAGUAAAGCUUGUAAAACAUUUUCACAUAGUUAAAUCUUAUAAAGAGAAUUUAAGUUUGUGUAGAAUAUUUUAGAAAUAAUCUGAAAGAAGUACAAUAAAAAUUUUAGCAUUUUGAUCUUUGGUCCAUUCUUGUACAAGACUUUUAUUAUUGCCUUUUUGUUUUUAAUAUUGGAGGUAAGAUUUGCUUAAUAAUAUUGGCAUAAUUUAUUAUGCCAGCAUGUUUAUUGGGUGGCUUUCAACUAACUUUAGCUUCAGUUCCAGAAGUUCUGAACACCUUCUGGUCCUCUCCAGGUACCUGUACAAUCAUGUGCAUAAACAAAUAAAAAAUCUGAAAAGAAAGAGAAAAGAAAUUGUUGCUUCAGAGAGAUGGCUCAGUAGCUAAGAGCACUGACUUCUCUUUCAGGUUUACAGUGUCUGUGAUUAAAGUAUAAAAGUUAUUGUUCUAUUGUAAUAUUUUCUGUGUCUCUUACAUAGCAAAUUAAAAAAAACCCUAUUAGUUCAUUGGUAAUUAUGUUUACAUAAAAAAUCAUUUUCCUAAAUGACUUUUUUUUUCGAGACAUAGUUUCUCUAUUUAGUCCUAGUUGUCUUGUAACUUGCUCUAUAGCCCAGGUUGGCCUUGAAUACAGAGAGGACCACCUGGCUCUGCCUCCCAAGUGCUGGGAUUAAAGGUGUGCGCCAUCACUGCCCAGCCCUGAGUGACAUUUAUAUACAUUAUUUUUAAAUUUAUUAUAUCAUUUGUGAGUGUGUCAGUGUUUGUAUAUGAAUAUGCAUCUAAGUGUCUGGGAUCUGGAGAGGGUGUAGGACCUCCUGGAACUAAAGUUAGAUUCAGUUUUGGUGCCCUAAGGUGAGUGCUAGGAACCAAACUGUAGUCCUCUGUGAAAACAGCAAGUACCCUUAAUCUUUGUCCUAUGUUCCCAGCCUCUAUAUUUGCAUAGAUUCUGUGUGUUUUAUUAAAGUUUCUUGUGUACUUCAAUGAUUAUAUUUUUAAAAGCAGUUUUAACUGAUCAUUUCUCUUUUUUUGAUAGUUUCAUGUAUUUCUAUAAUAAAUUUUAGUCUUUUAAA